CUCUGCAAUCCAUUGAUCAUGUCUGCUGUCUGCAGCCUGCCAGCCCUGUGCUGUGUGCGAGUUGUCGGAUUGGUCAAAUGGGAAAGAGGCCGGUGGUUACAAAACCUCCAGCUGGUGCUUGUGUAACAGGGCGAGUUGUGAGCAGCUUUCUUUUUUAGCGGUGCCAGCCAUGGAUUUAGAGGCAGUCGAGCGGGCACAUAUUAACGACAUUGUGCGACAGCUGGAGACUGGUAUUGUGCAGACUGAUGAGUUCCUGUGCCUGGUCCUCUCCGUACUGGGCAACAGGCGCACUUUCUGGCACUUGCCUGCUAUCAUACAGAGCCUAAGAGAGAAGGAGCCGGCUAUGUACAGGGAGCUCAUGGACCUGCACGCUCACUAUUUCCGCAAGGAGCCGACUGACCUGGAGACAGACUUGGAACUAGCUAUUGCCCUGUCUAUGCAUGAACAAAAUCAACUGACAGACACGGCUUCUUCUGAGAUGAGCCCAACUGCUAAGAUUUCCUUUGCUGAUGCUGCCAAAUCAUCAUGUUAUUCACAUAAGUACAGUGAAAAGACUUCUUCCUCAAAAACUGAAAUUGACAAGUUAAAGCAUAAUGUGGCUGCAAUGCAUCUUUCUCAGGAAACAAACAGGUGCCAGGCUAUUAGGCAGGAGAAAACUUUAAGCAGCUGUUAUAAUGGGCAGCCUGAGCCAGAAGACUGUGUGCUAAAAUCUGUUGAUUGUGAAGAAGUUUUCCAUGUAGAGGCUUCUGUGCCAAGAGAGAGCAAGGCUAAGCAAAGCAGGAGAAGGCGAAAAAAGACAAAGUCUGCUCCAUCAGGGGGCCUGGUAGCAAUGAAACCAGUUCUUCUUUGGUUUAGGAGGGACCUGCGUUUACAUGAUAACCCAGCAUUAGUCUCUGCUCUUGAGCACGGAGUCCCGGUCAUCCCUGUUUUCCUGUGGUGCAUCAAUGAGGAAACUGGACAGAACUUCACACUGGCCACAGGAGGGGCUACCAAAUACUGGCUUCACCAUGCCUUACUGGAACUCAACCAGAGUCUCAUACAGAAGUUUGGCAGCCACGUCAUUUUUAGGGUGGCCCAGUCUUGUGAAAAAGAACUUGUAUCUCUUGUGCAUGAAACGGGGGCAGGCACUGUCAUAGUGAAUGCUGUAUAUGAGCCGUGGUUGAAAGAGAGAGAUGAUUUUAUUUCAGAAAACUUACAAAAAAAUGGGGUUGAGUUUAAAAAACACCAUUCGUACUGUCUUUAUGAACCUGGUUCCAUCAGCACAGAAGGGGUUGGACUAAGAGGAAUUGGCUCUGUUUCACACUUUAUGAGCUGCUGUAAAAGGAACCAAUCUGCACCAAUAGGAAUACCACUAGAUGCUCCCAUGAUCCUCCCCACUCCUUGCAAAUGGCCUGACUCUGAUGAUCUGGAUAAAAUGAAGUUAGCAAAAAUGCCAAGCAGGAAAGACGGCACUUUGAUUGACUGGGCUAUGACUAUCAGGGAAUCCUGGGAUUUCAGCGAAGAUGGAGCUUAUAAAUGUUUAUCAAACUUUUUAGAAGAUGGAGUGAAGCACUAUGAGAAGGAAUCUGGCCGUGCAGACAAACCUUAUACAAGCCAUAUCUCUCCAUAUCUCCACUUUGGACAAAUUAGUCCCCGCACAGUGUUGCAUGAAGCUUAUUUUACCAAGAAGAAUGUGCCGAAAUUUCUUAGGAAACUUGCUUGGAGAGACCUAGCUUAUUGGCUGCUGCUCCUGUUCCCUGAUAUGCCUUCAGAGCCUGUCAGACCUGCAUAUAAAAGUCAGCGCUGGAGCAGUGACCUAAAUCAUUUAAGAGCCUGGCAGAAAGGCCUGACGGGGUAUCCUCUGGUUGAUGCUGCAAUGAGAGAACUGUGGCUUACUGGUUGGAUGUGCAACUAUUCAAGGCAUGUGGUUGCCUCAUUCCUGGUAGCUUAUCUGCACAUCCAUUGGGUACAUGGCUAUAGAUGGUUCCAGGACACUUUGCUGGAUGCGGAUGUGGCCAUUAAUGCAAUGAUGUGGCAAAAUGGGGGAAUGUCAGGGUUGGAUCACUGGAAUUUUGUAAUGCAUCCUGUAGAUUCUGCACUAACUUGUGACCCAUAUGGCUCUUAUGUGAGGAAGUGGUGUCCUGAACUUGCUGGCUUACCAGAUGAAUACAUUCACAAGCCGUGGAAAUGUGCCCCUUCUCAGCUUCGACGAGCAGGUGUAAUCCUUGGUCAGAACUAUCCCCAUCGUAUAGUUCUAGACUUAGAAGAAAGGCGUGAACAGUCAUUAAAAGAUGUAGUUGAAGUCCGGAAGAAGCAUUUGGAAUAUUUAGAUGAAGUUUCAGGAUCUGAUAUGAUUCCAAUUCCUGACCAACUGUUGGCACUUACUUUGGGACGACCCAAUGGUGAUGAUGAAGUGGUGAGAAACAGAACAAGCUCAUUCCUUUUGCCAGUCAUCACCCGUAAGGAGUUCAAAUAUAAAACCCUGCAGCCUGAAGCCAAGGAUAACCCUUACAGCACUGUACUAAAGGGAUAUGUCAGUCGUAAGCGUGAUGAGACCAUUGCUUAUAUGAAUGAAAAGCACUUCACAGCAAGCACCAUACAUGAAGGGGCACAGAGACAUGAAAGAACAGAGAGGACCUCACGGUUAAUGGAAGGUCUUCCAGCUCCAAGUGAGCCAAAGAAUAAAAGUCGAAGAACACCAAGGAAAGACCCUUUCUCAAUAAUUCCUCCAUCAUAUCUACAUCUUGCUAAUUAGGAUUUAUAUCAUGUUUCAUUUAUUUUAACUAAACAGAUUUUUUUAUUUA